GAUGGAGUCACAGAUUAAGCAUGCUAUUGUUGUGAAAGUUAUGGGACGUACUGGAUCAAGAGGACAGGUGACUCAGGUUAGAGUGAAGUUUUUGGAUGAUCAGAAUCGUCACAUUAUGAGGAAUGUGAAAGGACCAGUUAGGGAGGGAGAUAUUCUCACCCUGCUUGAAUCUGAGAGAGAAGCAAGAAGACUCAGAUAGAUGAGUAGUAUUGUUAUCUUAAUGUUUUGUUGCAAGUUUUAAUGAACCGUUACUAUUUUUGGUAGUUAGUUUAUGCCAAUUGUUUGUGUUUAAGUUAAGUUAAAGAUGUUCUGUUUGGUUUAUGUCUUUGGGUAAAACUGUCUCACGACAUUGUGUCCUUUUCUAAUGAUUUAUUUGCUGUAUUGAGACUA